GAUGACCAUAAAGAACAACAGCUGAACAACGCCGAACGUGCCCGAAACAUCUAAGAGGCCGUCAUGAUACAGAAUGAGAUAUGUUAAUGCCCCAAAAGCCAAACGAAUGGUUAAAUGGAAUCAGGCCGUUAGCAACUGUGGAGGUCUCUAAAGUUAAAUGGCCGUCAGAUGAUGUAAUUGACACAUUUCACAUGACGCAAUUCUCAAGGGAUAGUUAUUGUAUAAGUGCUUUUGUUUCUGUUGCUGCUGCUGUCGGCGACAAAUUAUCUUCCUCAAGGAAAAUUGGUCAUAUUCGGCACGACAACACUUAA